CACAGACGUCGGCGUUCGGCGUUAGCCUCGCCAUGAUGGCGUUACCUCCUGGGUCUCAGCCUCCUUGCUUGGAUUUGGUUCCGUCAUUGGAUCUUCUUGCCUCCGAUCACAGUGAGGAUGACGGCAACGGUGAUGAAGUGGUUCCAGAGCCAACCAAUGCGGAACUUUUGAAUGCGAUUCGGAGCUUUUGGAGUUCCAUGAAUGAGAAAAUGGAGACCUUGAACCGACGUAUUGCUAGUCUUGGUGGCCCCAUGGACAGAAGGCAAUCGAUGACUUCUGUGGCCUCUGACAAUAGCUCCCAGCCGGUGAAGUCUACUUCCGCCAAGAAAAGUCAGGCACUCAAGAGCGCUGCCAUGCAAGCUUUGGAGAUGGAUAUCUCCAAAAUCGUGCCCUUUCGCACCGUGCAGCGGCGUGGGACCACCGGCAGCCCCAACAUCACCGACUCUGCGACCACAGGCCGUUUCCGGGACAAGAAGCAGAGGCAGAAACCCAAGGACGUCACGAAUGUAACAGUACGAGUGGUGCCACUACCAGACCUUCCGCGGAAGGAUUUGUCUUCAGAAGUAGAUGAAGAUCAGAUCCAUGGGGCUUUUGCGGCAAAAGGGGCAGCGUCGCAACCAGAAGGCAGGGAGGCAAAGACUGCGGGCUCCAGUAUGCGGGCGUGCGGUGAGAGAGGCAGUUCUUUGCCUCGAGGCAGUUCCAGUGCGAGUGUUGAGAAACCUCCCAGCUCGCAAUCAUCUACAGCGAAAAGACUGACCGGGCAGAACUUGCGUGUCGAGGGCAUUGACAUGAACGAGGCCAGCAUGGAACCGAGAUCCAGCGGUGAAAGAAUGGCUUCGUUGCCCAGGGCCAAUUCCAGCGCCAGUGGUGAGCGAGCCGAUCGAGCUGCAAGCGCGCCGAACUCCCCACCCUCCCAAGCUGUUGGGAUGAGGCAUGAGAGAUCGGAUUCUCAACCGGGACCCAAUCACCGAACUCAGUCGAUCCAGAGCUCUGGGGGAGGCAGUGUGAGAGCUCGUCGCUCCAGCGUGGAUCUGCAGCGUGCCGUGUCCCGGGGCAACCUCACGGAGGUCUUCAAGGUGAGAGAAAGUCAACUCACAGCCGAUUUAAAGCCUUCCAGUGCCAGACCUCCCAGCCCUCGGGAUCCCUCCGGUGCCUCGGGGGACGGGUCAAUCGAGUCGCAUUCUCCUACGAAACCAGUGAGUUUGCUGGAGCAAUUGGACGUGCCGGCGGUGCAAGAACAUAGCCACGAAGACGAGGAGGAGGAUGUCGAAGCUCCCAGAUCCUGGUGGCGGCAUUUGAGCCCUUUGCAGACCUUUGUUUCAGGUCACUUGUCGAAGGCUUUGGGUUUGGUGCCCAUCUUAGACGGGACCGGCCCUUUCCGCUACCGGCAGAGGGUCUCGAUGCUUUACCACUGGCUGGUGAUCUCAUACCUGCUUUAUGGAAUAGUGACUGUGUCCUAUGAGUUGAGCCUUUGUCAUUUCGACAGCGGGAUGCAGCCAGAGAUUUGUGAUGCUUCCUGGCCUCCUUUGGCCGUCGAUUUGUUCCUCAUGCUUGGCUCUUGCUUGGUUCUCAUGAGCUUGGGUGGAUUUUGGAACUACGCGGACACCACGAAGCUUGUGGCCCAGAGUGCAGAGGAGCUGAUGUCCUACUGUGAACAGAACUCCCUGGAUGAAGCCUGGAAGAGCUGGAGCUGUUCAGAUGCGCUAUGGGCACUAUUGACCUGGGUCGUGCUCUUGAUAGGACGCUUUGGACUCUAUGGCUGGGCAGUCUGGAAAGGAGAGGAGCAGCUGGACUUGAGCGUGGUGACCUUUGCGAGCAAAUUUUCCAUCAGCACCGGAGUUUUGAUCUUUGCUUGUUUCUGGCAGGUGCGAACCUCUCAUGCCAUGGCAUUGAUCGUGAAUGCCUGGAGCGCUUGCUUGCUCAUGGGCGUGUGUUCCUGCAUGGAAUCUCGCAACACCUGGCGUCGCGUCAGCGGCCUCUUCCGGAAGACUUCUCGCACCUUUGAGCGCUGCUGUGGCGCCUUAGGCUUGAUCAUCGUGGGUUUGGUCUUCUCUGCGUUGUAUGACUUGCGACAAGGACGAGGUGAAGAGGUCUUGGCUUCCGUCUCCGUGGCAGUCAUCAUACCAGGUGUGCUUUGGACUCAUGCUUGCACCACUACAGCAUGCAAUCGACUACCAUCGCUGGUGACGUUAUGCGAGGGGAGUGACGAGGAUGAGGAUGAGGAGUACACAGGUUUGGCCAUGUUCUUGUCUUUGAGUGAGUGCGGUUUCUUCGUAUGGGAUACGUGUUUGACGGUCGGCCUGGUUCAGAAGUUCCUGUACUUCACCGCGGCCAUGGCUGGCACCAUCGGGUUUCAGACAGGACACUCGAGCUGUGCAGACUUUGGAGGAUCCAAGACAACUCCUGGUUUUUCUGGCUUAGCGCUAACUUGCCCAAGAGAGGCCACCGAUUGCUUCAUUAAUGGAGAUCGAAGCUCGAAUCUGGUUGGAAAAUAUCUAAUGACUGGGACAGCUAAGCUUUGCUGCGAAGAUUGUUUGAAUCCCUUUAUGAUUCGAUCUUUGUCGACUGGAGGAAUUCUUCUCGAGAAUGUUUGACUAUCGUGCUAGGCAACGGGUGGACGGAAGCUUCAAAUGAAGCACGAGACCAUUGGCCAUCCCCCGGCACGCGUUCUCUUGGCAAAGCCAACUUCUUCAACGCAACCUCCCAACAAUCGAAGAACCUUCUUUGAGUUCACAGCUGUCCUCUCCCUUUUGCUUCAUCAACAAACGACAAAAU